AACACAAGUAACUUCACUACAGGAAAAGUUGACUUCUUGGUGGGCAAGAAAUUACAAAUAAUGGCUACAAACGACGCUCGAAGAGCAGUUGCUUUUGGAACGACUCUUGAUCGGGAACUGUUACCACUGAAAGUUCCAGCAAAUCGCUUUGGAAAUGAACUCGCCUUACGAGGCGCUCCAAACCGCGGCCCUGGAUGUUAUUACAAUGCGGAGGGUAGUGGCUUUAUUUAUGAACUUGAGAGAAGACCUGUAUGCAGAAGAGGGUAUUCAGUUGGAGCCAGAACCGCCCCAAGAUUUCCUAAACCAGCUCAUCUGGAUGUUCCUGGACCACCAACUUAUCAAGAGAUUAUCAGCAAACCAGUUCACUUUGAAGAAGCUUUUAAAGCAUUUAACGUUGGUGCAACAAGAUUCCCACCAAUUAACCAGGACCAUGGCCAUCCAGGGCCUGGUGCAUAUGAGUUUGACGCCAAAAGAGACAGGAAGGUGAAGUAUCAUGGCUCUUUUGGUGGACCACAGACCUUGAUAACAUCAGUUACAAUUAAAUGCAAUGAAUUUGGAGAGCCAGAUAUUUGUAAUUCUUGUCAAAGUCCUCCAGUAGGAGAUUACUAUGAGUACAAAAAGGUUUAUCUUUGUCGGAAAUGUUACAAUCAUCACUUAACAACAGGAGAGAAGUACACAAGAAGUUAUCUUCAAUCUUUUCGCAAAGUAAGAGACUGCUCAAACAUUCAUAACCACGAAGGAACAAAUGCCAGAUUAAUGCUCAAAACCGAAAAAGACCUCAAGAAACAGAGAUUUAGAGAAGCAUAUAUGAGCUUGUACUUUUGAAUACGGAACAGUAGGGAUGCAGGAAAAUUGCUAAUGAGUGCGAGAUGUAUAUUUUCUUACUGAUACAAAGUAAUGGAACACGAUAUGUCAGUCAAUUCACCCGUGGACGUAUGUAGUGUAAAUAUGUUUGAUGUUGAGUGCUGUGGAAAGCAUAUAUGGGCAAUAACGGGCAAGAAAAAAUUUUAGGGAAGAGUUAUUUUUACCAGGUUAGUAAGCUAGGAGAAGUGUACCAGUAAUAGAAACGUCAAAAUACCCCUUUCAAAUUAUAUUAAGUGCAAUAAAGGAUAAAAUGAAAAGAUUUCCACACGUAUAAUUGUGCCAAUUUACCAAUCAAAAAUAACUUCUUGGGUAAGAAAUGUCAGUUAAUGGUAUCAAAGUUUUGAAAACUAAACUUUUGUUGGUAAGACAAAAA